AUGAAGCUGCAUCUCGAGGAGCCGCCGGGCGACGUGCUUGUGUUCCUCACUGGGCAGGAGGAGAUCGAGCUCGGCGGCGAGCGGCUGUUCCGCUGGAUGGAGCAGCUGCGUGCGCAGUGUGACGUGCCGGUGCCGGACAUGCUCGUGCUGCCGCUCACCGCCUCGCUGCCGCAGGAGGUGCAGUCGCGCGUCUUUGAGCCGACGCCGCCGCGCUGCCGCAAGGUGGUGCUCGCCACCAACGUCGCCGAGACAUCCAUCACGAUCAGCAACCUGUACUUCGUCGUUGAUAGCGGCUACUGCAAGCAGAAUGUCUUUGACCCUAAGACAGGGAUGGAGCAGCUGCGCAUCGUGCCCAUCUCGCAGGCGCAGGCGCAGCAGCGGGCGGGACGUGCCGGCCGUAUUGGACCCGGUAAGUGCUUCCGCAUGUACACGGAGCCGCAGUUCCGCAGUGACAUGGAACCGGCGACGGUGCCGGAUAUCCAGCGCUCGAAUCUCUUCCAUGUGGUGCUGCAGCUCAAGGCGAUGGGCAUCAAUGAUCUCUUUGCGCUCGAUCUCAUGGACCCGCCGCCGCGGGAGACGCUCGUGCUAGCGCUGCAGAAGCUGCGCUAUCUCGAGGCGCUCGACGACGAUGGCCUGCUGACGCCGCUUGGCGGCCGCAUGGCCCAACUCCCCAUCGACCCGUCGCAGAGCAAGACGCUGCUGACGGCCGUUGACUGGGGCUGCUGCGAGCCGGUGCUCACGAUCGUGUCGAUGCUUGCCGUGCAGAGGCGUGGCGUCUUUUACCGCCCACGCGACCGGCACGAGGCGGCGGACGCAGCGAAGCGGCAGUUCCACCAGCCGGAGGGUGACCAGAUCACGCUGUUAGCGGUGUAUGAUGCCUGGGUGGCAAACGGGCUUAGUGAGGAGUGGUGCAAGCACAACUUCCUUAAGCACCGCAUGCUUGUGGAGGCCCGCGACACGCGUGAGCAGCUAAGCGAGAUGCUGCGCAAACGCCACGCAUCGAUUCCGCACCACAACGAUGACGCAUUGACGGAAGUACGGCGGGCUCUCACCGCCGGCUACUUCUUCAACGCCGCCAAGCGCAUUACAGACGUUGCAUACGCCACGUUGGCGGAGCGUCGCGAGGUGUACGUCCAUCCCUCCUCCUGCCUGCGCGACGCACCAGCGAAGUACGUGCUCUUUAAUGAGCUGCAGCUGACAAACCGGGAGUACAUGCGGGAGCUGCUGGUGAUUGAGCCGCAGUGGUUGGUGGAGCUCGCCCCGGCCUUCUACAGCAGGCCGCGCAAGGGCAAGCUGACAAAGGAGCAGAGGGCGGAGCGCCUCAACCCAAUCCUUCGGGCAUGGGAGAGCGGCAGCUCGUGGAGGAUAUCCAAACUGCGGCGCCGCAAGUAA